AUGAAGUCGCCACGCUCAGCAAAGCGCAGAAAGCUCGAGACAAUAUCGGAAAGCCCGCAGCGCACAAACAGCACGACAGCACCACCGGCCGCAGCAAACAAGACACCCCGACGAGACCAACAUGAUGCCCGCGAUACCAUCCGCGUCGCCAGUGUCGCUACGCCCUCAUCGCUAAACCUCACGCCCUCAAAGCCCACGCCGCGGCCAGCCCCANCGUCUGCCACCAAGAGCAACAGCAAGAUUGGGGGCUUGAUGGCACGUCUGAAUGCAAAGAUUGCAGAGAACCAGUCGCCGCAGAAGUCUCCCGUCAAGAUUGGAAAUGGGACUCCUGUGGUAGUGCGCGCAGAAUUGCCAGAGGUGGAGAAGAGUGCCAAAGUCAAGACGCUGUCGCAAAAGUUGAGGGAGACUUUUGAGCAGGAGCAGUUGGAGAGGGCGGCCAAGCGGAAACCGAAACGCACUUUGGAGGAUCAGAUGAGGGAGAUUGAGGAUGCGAAUCGGAGGGAAGUCCAGGGUGGUGGGAUACAGAGUGAAGUGAUAAAAGUGCAACCUCUGCCCACGCAAGAGAAGAGGAAGCCUGGCAGACCGAGAAAACAUCCUAUUGUGGAAGUGGAUACGGUGGAUGAGCACGAUGGCUCUGUGAGUCCUUCCAAGCUCGCCUCGGCCAGGAAACCUCAGAUUAGGGAUAUGAGUCCUAUGCUGCUGCAUGGAAACGGUAUCCGGCAACCUCUCUUCACACCACGCAAAGGAACUCUCUCGAGUCCCUUGAAACAGCCUCGCCCGCAGGCAAUGAUAGACUUGGACAUUGCACCCGCACAAACAAACGCAUCAGCCAACCUCUGCAUGCCCGCCAGCGAUCUCCAAGCCAUCCAGACCGCCGUCCUCGACCAACUGCAAGAACGAACACACACACCCUUCACAAACCUGUCUUCUGAAUACGAAAAGCUCGCUCAGGUCAUCAACCAAACAAUCGUCGCUGGAGAAAGCAACAGUAUCCUCGUCAUCGGCGCCAGAGGAACAGGCAAAUCCGCAAUCGUCAACACAAUCCUCGACGCCCAAGCCCGACAAAAUCCAGACCUGUUCCACGCAGUAAGACUCAAUGGCUUCAUCCACACAGACGACAAGAUUGCCCUCCGCGAUAUCUGGCGCCAACUCGGCAAAGAAAUGUCGCUGGAUGACGACGACAUGGCAAAGAAUGCAGCAGACACUCUGACCACUCUACUAGCCUUACUCUCUCAUCCAGAAGAGCUAGGUAGACCCUCCGACCAAGUCACCAAAAGCGUCAUUUUUAUCUUGGAGGAAUUCGAUUUGUUUACCACGCAUCCACGCCAAACCCUACUCUACAAUCUUUUCGACAUAGCACAAAGCCGAAAAGCUCCUAUCGCUGUCAUUGGCACAACCACUCGCUUCAACGUAGUCGAGCAGUUGGAGAAGAGAGUAAAAAGCCGCUUCUCUCACCGCUAUGUGCAUCUAUCCUCUGCUGCAAAUCUGUCCAUCUACAGAGAAAUGUGUCAAAAUGCAUUAACGCCGUUUUCCGCUGCACAAGGACUCACAGAAGACGCCAACAACACUUGGAAUAAAAUCAUCAAUGAUUUGUUCAGCACGGAGAGUUUCAACACCCAUCUCCGCACUUUAUACUACAUGACAAAAAGCAUACGAGCUUUUCACACCAGCAUGCUUUUGUCAAUCUCUACACUGCCCUGCUCUGCCUCAACACCAAUAACUGCAGAACACCUCCUCUCCCACCUCAGCAAUCUUUCCCUUCUAACACAACUCAACCCACCAGACUCCAAACUCGCUGCCUUGCACUCCCUCUCCUCUCUCCAACUAGCUUUGCUCAUCGCCUCUGCCCGUCUCACCAUCAUCCACGCCUCGGAAACCGUGUCUUUUGCCUUGGCGCACGCUGAAUACACUUCUCUGGCUUCUCGCGCAAAGAUUGCUGCGUCGGCUUCUGGUCAAUUGGCGGUGGGGAUAGGCAGGGUAUGGAGUAAAGAUAUUGCUCGCGCGGCUUGGGAAGGUUUGGAACGAAAGAAACUGGUGUUGCAGGAGGGUAAAGGUGGGAGUUAUAGGGUUGAUGUGCGAUUAGAGGAGAUUGGGGAGACGCAAGGACUGGAACUGGGGUUGGCGAUGGCCAAGUGGUGCAAGGAGAUUUAG